CCCCGCAGGGCCAUUGUUCCCGGCGCGCUCCUCCCAAUGUCGGGGCGGGAGCCCCCAACCUCCUCACCUUUUCCAGGUCCGGGGGGAACUUCCAAAGGUGUUUCUAAAACAUAGCUCCAGCUAGAGGGUACCUUUUAAGCUGUUCAAGGUCAAAAUGAAUACAGACUCCAAGGAGGUUAUAUCCCUGGAUGUUCAAGCUCGUGAUGUUUGGGAAGAACUGACAGUGAAAGCAGAGGCAGAAAGUCACCUCCAAAUGCAGGAAUCCGGACUGAAACGCAAUAAUCCACUGGCAAGGGAGAUCUUCCGAAGGCGCUUUCGACAGCUCUGCUACCAAGAGACCCCUGGACCAAGGGAGGCUCUCACCCGACUCCGGGAUCUUUGCUACCAGUGGUUGAGGCCGCAUGUGAGCACGAAGGAGCAGAUUCUGGACCUGCUGGUGCUGGAGCAGUUCCUGUGUAUCCUGCCCAAGGAGGUGCAGGGCUGGGUGCAGGAGCAAUGUCCAGAGAGUGGGGAAGAGGCAGUGAUUUUGCUGGAGGAUCUGGAGAGAGAGCUCGAUGAACCACAGCACGAGAUAGUAGCCUACAGACACCGACGAGAAGUCCUCUCUAAAGAGACAGUGUCUCUAGGAGAGCAGAUGUCACUGGGCCUUCAGUCCCAGCCUAAGGAGGCCCAGCUCACAUGUGACCCUGCUCAGGAGCCCCACCGUAUCGGAAAGACAGGCACAUUUCUGUUUUGCAAACCUGUUGUCAUCUCCCAGCUAAAAGGAGGAGAAGAACCAUGGUCUCACCCCAGAGGAGUCCUAAGAGGUACCUGUUCAGAUGGAAUGACCAAGACUGAGGACAGAGAGUUGAUGCUAAGGAAAGACUGUCCUGAGAGAGUGGAACCACAUGGGAAAAUGUCUUACGGACAGACCUGGGAGAUAUCACAGCAGGAUCCGCGACACAGAGAAGUUGAUGACCGCAAGGGUGGGGUAGAGAGGCACUGGGGAAACCCCUUAGGAGCUGGACCACACAGAUGUGAAGAAUGUGGGAAGAGCUUUGCUCAGAGCUCAGGUCUCGUUCGACAUCAAAGAGUUCACACUGGAGAAAGACCCUACGAAUGUAAUGAGUGUGGGAAAACCUUCAGUCGGAGUUCGGGUCUUUUUAAUCACCGAGGAAUCCACAAUAUUCAGAAACGGUACCACUGUAAGGAGUGUGGGAAGGCCUUCAGUCAGAGUGCCGGUCUCAUCCAGCAUCAGAGAAUCCACAAGGGAGAAAAGCCCUAUCAAUGCAGCCAGUGCAGCAAGAGCUACGGUCGGCGUUCAUUUCUCAUCGAGCAUCAGAGAAGCCACACAGGGGAACGACCUCACCAUUGCAACAAAUGUGGGAAAAGCUUUAAUCGCCAUUGCAACCUUAUCCGCCAUCAGAAGAUCCAUGUGGUGGCUGAGCUGGUCUAAUCCAAGCUGUGUGCAAGUUUUCCAGAUCACUGGCCAAGUCGUGCAGGGAUCCUGGUGAAUGCUCCCACUCAGUGUUCUACAUACCUUCCCGUAUAACUCUGUAUUUUCUUUGGAACUGCUAUCCUUUAUCAGUCCUGACCUUUCCAUCUGAAACAAUAAUCCAGUGAAAAGAAGGGACCUGUUGUAAGGGAGAAAAUCUUCCAAAUGAAAUGCAAGAGUAGGAAGUUUGUGUAUAUCUGAAAAGUAUAUGAAGAGGGAAUAAUAUGAGAAGGGCAUGAGAAAGAUAAAAUCUGUGGUGCCAGGGGCCAAAAGAAGAAACAGUGGCCAGAAAGACAGAGAACAUGUACGUGGGAUGAAGAAAGGAAGGAAAAGUUCAGACAGUGGACAUCAGUCGGUAAAAGGACUGAAGAUGGGCAUAGGAACUUAUCCAGAAUGGUACAGAAUGGUUAUGGAUGUGUCAAGAUUUGACUGUGCAGGGAAAAUAUGCAACAAACUGUCAACAUGGUAACUAGGGUGGAUGGGGGAUUAUACGGCCCUUUCACAUUCUGUUACAUAUCUUUGAACUGUGAAUGCGACGAUCCUACAGAGGUGGUAUGGACCCCCCUUCCCAGUUACUAGGGAUGAUGCCAUGCACACACACAAGAAUGUAUGAAAAAUUUAUUACUCUCAUCAUGGAACUCUCUGGGGAUAGCAGGGCAGCACCCAAGCUGGUCCAGAACUGGCUUGAGUAGCAUAAGGAGAGUGAGAGCUAGUGGCCCUGGUUUUUAUUGUGGUUAGGGGAUGGGUCCAGGAAAUAGUUCUCAUUGCACAAAUAGAUAAGGGCUUGCAUAGCUUGAACCUCCUUCAGGUGCCAAGUGAGGAGGCACUGGGAUUUCUUAUAAAUUCGCCCAGAUGUGGGGCAGAAGGGAAGGGGAAGAUGGAGGUUGAAAGCUGUCAGUGAUCAAACAUCAAAAAUGGAGUCAAGAUUUUUCUUAAAUUACAGUUUAAAGAGAAUCAAUUCAGGAGAUGCUUUUAUUUACCAUGUGAUUCUGGUCUCUCUGUCCUUAUAAACUAAGGAGUAAUUACAAAUUUAGCAUUCAAUCAAUUUUUAAAAAAAUGUGUGUAACCAGAAAAAACAUGUGUUAAAAAACCAAAAAUCCAUACUUGUCCAUUUGACUACCUGAAACUCUCACUUCUGCAGAGUGGCUCACCUCCCACUGAAGUCAGCUGAGGCUUUCUAGAAAAGGUGAGCCCCCAGAGGCACCCUUUCCCCUCACCAGCCUCUUAAAGGGGAUGUGGCUUAUGGGACCAGAGGUGAAAUUUCAGGGAUUCCUGAUCUGUUUGGAGACAGAACAACUCCUUCUUUCCCACUUCCUUCCCGAGAGGAUCAGCUGGGACCUAUGAGUAAUUAAGAACAUUUAGAUUCAAACGGGCAUUACUAUGGUAGUGGUUAAUUUUAAUACACUGAGGACCCAUAGUGUCCAUCAUAUUUUCAAAAGGGUUGGAGAACUAAGUGAAGUUGAGAACCACUUCUGGAGGGGUGGUGGAAUGACAAGAAAUAGGCGUGGUGGAGCCUAUUCAGAAAGAGCCCUGAUUCACACACUUUCGUUUUGUAUCAUACACACACACACACACACACACACACACACACACACAGUCCCACAUCAACCUUUUCAUCUGCUCUCCUGGUUCACCAAGUUCUCUCUCCAGAUCCUCCAGCACAGUCACCACCUCCUCUUCACAUUCUGCAUGACAUCCUCACACUCGGACCAGUUGCUGGUCAUCCUACCCUUGAAUAUUUAACAAGAUGAUACCCAAUGCAUCAGAGGCCAAUGCUCUGGGGGCACUUUUAAGGUAUAGAACUAAUGGUUGAACAGAAAGGUAUUACUAUCAGAUGAGCUAGAUGAAGGCUGUAACCAGGAGAUUCUCUGAAGCUCAUAUAGCAAGAAGUUAACUCAGAACUCAACUCACAAUUUGGGAAAUUCUAGAUGUCUUCUACAUUCUGUUCACCCUUAGGAAACUUUCUUUGACUCAUAGAGAAAAUGCAGGUAUCUAGGGCAGUGUUUCCAGGUUUGCCCAAUCCCCUUGGGAGCAAGGUAGAGAAAUGGAGAGAGAAGGAAUAUACUAGACUUCUCUUUGAGAUCACAUCAAAGGCUGGCUUUCAUCACAGCUCAUGCUGUAGCCUUUCACAGUGACAGUACCUAACCAAGUGCUUGGUGUCAUUUGCCACUUUCCAACUUCCUCCACUUCUAUUAUUUACUUUCCUGAAUCU